UUGUAUCAUUCAAAAGAAACCAUGUGAUGUGAAAUGAUAUGAUAGGCGCGUACGGGAACUAUUCCAGUAGGAUGGCCGAGUACCCGGAAUUUCUGAACAGGUCGCGUCUGUAUCACGGCUCCUCGUCGGCCGCCAGCCAGGCCUCGGACGUGGACGACUGGUCCAGCAUUUGGCGCCCACCGCUCACCUACAAGGCCCGACGACGGAGAGCCGCCGCGUUCCGGGAUUUCGUCCUUGUCACAGAGUUCUCCGAGAUCGAAGGCCCUGUUCCGUUACUCACGAUCCCGCGAGAUACGAAACUCGACUCGCGACGUUUGAACGACUUGUCUGUCCGACUCAUGUCGACGGAUUACCAGAGCAGAGGUGGGUCUCAUUCCAGUGUGGCCCCGGACGUGCAAGUGUUUCAAACGAACCUUUUACCCGGUGUGCACGCGUUUGCGAAUUAUGUCACGCUGUGUGACGUGCGUGCCCGGGGGUUUGUUCGACCGCUGUGUGUGGCGUACGUGACCGGAGACGAGUUGAAGGUGCCUGUGAUUUUCGAGGAGUUGCGAGAGCGGAUUUUGCGGGCGUGUGAUAUGUUUAAGCACACGAACCGGCUCUGGUUCGAAACGGAAUUGUCAGCGUUGCUUGCGGACUUCACGUACACCAAAGAAGAGUAUCUCAAGUGGAGUUCAGCGCCCGAGUCCUCCGAGGCACUGAACAAAAUGAUCGCAGAAGACACGCUUCACGUUUUCGGGGUUUUGUCGAAUCGGGACAAUCCCGCGUUGCGCUCGUGGCACGAUGCGGGAAAUAUUCCGAUGGAAACGGAGGAAGUUGAUGACGAAGUGCCAAAUCUGAGUGAGAUUGCAUGCUUGGACGAGCCUUUGAGACAUGAGGAAGUGAAAGAGUCGAGUGCUUCUGGGUCGGAUAUUGUCGAUAAAUCGGACGAACCACUCCUAGAGAGGCGUAACUUGGUUGAAGUUAUUUCAAAUGUAGAGAUAGAAAAUGAUGUGCUUUCGGCAGUGAGUGCCGGGUCGCUGCAAUCCUCUCCAGUCUUCGUCGAGUUCCACGAAGCUUCGAAGUUAUCCUUGCCUGAAGAAGCUUUAGGAAAGCUUCCAACUAAACAACUUCAUUAUUCGAGCUCUUCUCCGAAUUUAAAUUUCCCAUCCGAUGACUGCUCGCUGAAAUCAGAGACGCUUGAAAUCAAGAAGGUGACUUUGGCGGAGUUCGCUGAUGUCCCCAAAUCAGACGAAGAAGCCUUAUUUAUUAAAGGGAUCCCUGAUCUGAAAACGGAAAUUGACGAGCUUAAAGUGGAAAUGGAAGAACCUCAACGAUCAUCCCCGGUUCUAGAUUGUCUAGAAGAAGGGAAUUGUGUGCCUGAGGAAGCAUCAAAAACGCGCCAAGUGAUGGAUUCGGUUCGUUCGAGUUCCCCAGGGUCGAAUCCCAUGCCAGAUGGCUCCUUGCUGGAAUCGGAGUCACUGCAUAUUAAAGAUAUGACUUCUUCGGGGUCGGAUGUCAACAAAACCUUAUCCGGAAAUGGAGGGAUUCCGAGUGUAGAACUGGACAUUUAUGAGCUUUCCGCCGACAGUGCCGAUGCAAGGAAGUCAUCCUUGUCUCAAGGAGCGUUUGACUUGCCCCCAGUGAAAGACCUGGUUCGUUCGAGCUCUUUCACAAUCUCAAACUCUACUUCCGAUGGCUGCGCCUUGAAAAAGUUCAGCAGCGAUGAACACCUACCAGCAGCGAAAAAAUUCGAUUUCGGAAACGACGGGGAAAUUUUGGAACGGGUGAAUUUGCAGAGUCUGGCUUGUCAAAUAUCCGAAUGCGAACUGAUGUUGCGAAGUUUGGAGCCCUCGAUUAAUGACGCGGAUGCGCGUGCGCGAGUGGAUCGAUGGAAACGAGCCGUAUAUGACGGGAAGUUCCGUUGUACACGGUUAUUGUUGCAACUUUUCCUUGGGAAGGACUUGGAAAGCAAGAAGCGUUCUCCACGACUGAUCGCUCCGACUCCAUUAAAACGCACGUUUGACUCAAUCCGGCCAUUUCACGUGUUGUGUCAAUGGGGGAUUCUUCCGGGGAUCGAGAUCCUGUACGAUGUUGCGGAGAGGUAUUCAAUCCCGACCCAGUGCUCCAAGUUCCACAAGUUGGAUUCCUUUUUUCGUACUCACGUCAUGUCGGAGUUUUGCCUCAAUUUGGACAUUGGGAUGUUGAAAUGCUUGUCCACGGUGCCGAGUGUUUCGGACGGGAAAUUGGACAUUGAUGUAUUUGAUCCAGAAUGCGUCGCGUUUAUCGAAGCGUGGGCGACUUCGCUGCAGUGUCGACAAGUGAGCAAGUUCAACCGCAGAACCUUGACGCAUGAUAUUUUCGCGUCCGAGGGAUUCUUCCACCUCGCUCCGGAUCCGAGGUGGGAAAUGCUUCAGAGCGACCAAGAUUCCGAGGUUUUCGCGGAGAUUGACAAGUAUUACGUGGACAGUGGGCCUUCUUCAGUGUCUUCCGAGCCUCCGCCGGUGUCGCAGAUUUUGUGUCGUGAAGAGAAGUUGGAUAAUAUCGUGGCGGAGCACGUGAGCAGGGCGAUGGAGAAUCUGAACUUGGGAGAUGCCGGCUGGAACCUGGGAACGUUUUUCCACUUGUUCGCUGGUGUGGCCUAUCACAUUUUGUAUUCGUUGUUGAGCGGGAGACCCGUGGUGAUUGCGGGGAUCGAGUCCAGUGAGAGCAAUGUCGUGGAAAGGGUGAGAGCAUUGGAAGCAUUUCUUCCGCGAGGAAGCCGUGUCCUCCGCUGGCAUACCGGAAUCGUGGACAGUUUCCACGUGCAACGCUACAACCUCAUUGGCAUUUGCGUUCCAGAACGGUUAAGCGUGAUGGACAUGAUGAGCUCUGCGAAUCUCAACCGCGUCACAGUGCUCAACACCGAGAACCAGCAUAUCUUUGGGCCUGCGUACAGCGGCUCUUUGCUCGAGAACCUCACGCACACACGGGCAAAAAGGGCGUUUCAAAGCGAUAAGGCCGUGUUGAGUCAAGCCUACGGAGUCCUGGUCAGUGUGUCGCGGAAGGUGUUUCUGUGCUACGCGUUGACGAAAGAGGGUCGACUCCAGCUGAAGGAGGUUAUGGCAGCACUGGGUCUAGAUAGUUGUGAUCGACAGAUCGUGAAAUAUUUGCUGGACAAGUCCAGUUGCGUGUGAUAUGAACGAUGAGUUUCGUUUCGUUUUUCUUUCGUCUUCCGCUAGUGGUACACGACCGUUUUGAUCUCCCGAGCAACCCGUGGUGCGGAACUUCCAAUGCACUCUUCUGAAUUUGGCGAAGUGCCUCUCACUCAUGAUGAUCGUAGAGUACGGUAAUCCUUCAAGAUGAUAUUUCUGCCUCCCGAAAUCGUUCCUUGUACCCGCGCGCAAGAUGGAGGAGCCAUCGUUCUUUGAUGACUUGGUAUCCCCCGCGCGCGCAAGCCGAAUGAUGGCGUCUUCGAUUUAAAUGAGUUCGGCCAAUCAGGAGACUCUGGCGGACGCUAUCGCACGGUUACUAAUGUACAGUGCUGUACUGUACUGUACUUUAAUGUUUCUGAAGGGCCUCGCUCUAGGCGGAUCCUUCCGUUGAACCAUUUAUGCGGUACACAACAAUACAGUAGUAGUAAUCCUUAAUCCUUGAAUGCUGCUUUCCGUGUUUCCAUUAUGGAAAAAAUAAACGAGUACAUAUCGUAUUUCAUUCAGGUUAGGUCAUGAUGGGUCAACUACGCUGACUGUGACACACAUCUUCUUUCAAUUUCUUCCGUGAUUAUUUUUCUUUAAUGCUUGCCGUCUUCAUCUUGCAGCAGCACAUCGUACUGUAUUAGUUCCUUCAAAGCUUAAUGGCGUGAAUGAUUCUUGUCUUCGUAUGUUUCGCUGGUCAAUAAAUUCAUAAAACUACGGUAUCAUGGCGUGUUCGAUGUACAGUACAGUAUUGUAAUGAACUGUGAACCGAAUAAUUUAUCUUCAGUAUACCGAUGCGUUUUUGGAGGGAAAUACUGUAUCACAAGACACGCUUCUUGUGCCUUGCUUGCAUAUAGUGAUUGAUUGUUAAUUUCUAUUGUGUAGAAAAAAGUUGAAAUUGUUAAAUGUGACAGAAGAUAUACUGUAUAUGAUGGGAGAAAAGGAUCGAUGGAAGUGUUACGCGUAAUGAUGAUGCAACCGUUCAGAUGCAAACACCCAGAACCUGGGUCUGAUAAUUGGUGUUGUGAAGCGAGGAUAUACGUUUUAUUUUCUGGUUCAGUGGUCAUUGUGGUUACUUCAAAUGGCGCCGAGUUGGAUCGUGUUCAUUCCGAGUGCGGAAGGCUUGUUGGAAAAUUGAUGGUUCUUGCUGAGGAAGAAGAUCCCCAUGUCCGCGGGAAUUGAGAAAUGGUCUCUGAAUUAAUCCAGUAAAUUUCUGCCGCCCAGUUUGACACUAGAAAGAUUUAUCCCAGUUCCAUUUGAACUCGCAACUUCCGCCGUUUUUCUCCGUUGUAUUCGUUUUCUGUGUCGUCGGAAAAGUCUCCCAAAUCUGCAUCAGCUCAAGAUGCAGUCAUUCAUCAUUUUCCUUAGAAGAAGGCGGGUUUUUGUGAAAGACGAAAUAAAAUUCCAUGUACAAAUUAAUUUGUGACCUGUUCGAAGAAUCUAUAUUCUCAUCUUCCUUGGAAAAAGCCUACGAAAUUAUUUUAAGCAGCGUGGAUUUCGUUCGAAAAUUUUCAGGCAUAGAAAGUAGUGAAUCACCGCAGAAUCUGUCUCUUUAUGAGCCGCGAAAGAUAUGAAAAAUAAAUGUGAUUUGAAUUACAACUUGAGGGUAAUAUUCUUUUGUUUUUCUCCGGAAACAAAACUCUUGUUUCAGAAAAAAAGCUGUUGAAACUUUUUUUUUCUCGAGUACAGUACAGUAUUCAAUUUUGUCUUUCCUGGGAGAUAAUUAAAGACAUAUAUUAAUUGAAACAAAACCCGUCCGAUCGAGAAAUUAUCCCAUAAUGAGAAGAAUAUGAAGACAGGAACGAGUUUUGAAUGCCUUUCAGGCGAAGAAAUUCUUGUUGAAAGAUAUUCGAAGGAACGAGUGUUUGAAAUCAUCGGAAUUUCAACACACGUUAGGACAGAAUUUCCAUCUUUCUUCUUGUGUGUGAAAAUCACGAAGCGUGAAAAUACUCGUGUCUUUACGUCCGAUUUUUAAAAUGGGAAAGUAUGAUUUUAUUUGUUACUUAUCUUAAUCAAUUUUGCUUUGGGAGAAACGAAAAAUCCCGCCCUCAAGUUGUUUUCAUUUCCAAUUUUUCAAAUCCUUUCUAGGUGUUGGAAGACUUAGUAUUCCGAACGCGGGAAGCUGGUACCAUUUUGGUUGUGUUAAUUUAAUUUCUUUUUAUUUUUAAAGCCCUUUUUUAAAAUACUGUAGUAUCUUAUUUUCAAGUACAGUAUUGGUGCUAUAGUUGCUUCUUCCAGGCUCAGGGAUGCCAAGGAUCAUGACGUAGAAUGCCCUGGAAGGAAAAAAAUGUUGGCAAAAUAAGUUCAGACGUGAGCUAAUUCUUCCAAGAAAAUUUGAUAAGUGGAGUUUCGACUGCGGGCAUUUCGUGUGGAUAAAACCGCGGUAUUUUAUUACAGUACUUGGUGAUGAGAACGUGAAUUGCAUUCCAGUCCGCAUUUUGUUGAUCGUGCCUGAGUACUUCAUUCGUGGAACGAGGCGAAGGGUUGAUUGUAUGAUUAUUUUGUCUUCGCCCUGUGAAUAUUGAUUUCUGAGUGACUUCACGGAAUCUCUCGCUUGUGCUAAUUCCGCGACAAAAGAGGAAUUGUAACCGUGACGAAUUAAUUAUGGCCUUCGAUAGAAUUUUACUUUGAUUUAAUAAUUCUGCGUUUGAAACGAAAUGCUUUUUUUUUACUAUGCUCAUUCUAUUGCCUUUCGGAAAAAGUACGAGUGCGUGGAGUAAAUGUACCUGAGACUGGGACGAAAUAAACGAACGUGAUUCAAGCGUUGGAUUCCGUUCAGUGACAAAAAU